UAACUUGUCCCCUGCCAAUGUAUCAAAUAUUAACUGCUUUCGUGGCUUGUUAGCCCACUAGCUUCAGCUUCCAUUUCGCAGACCUAAACUAAGCUAAUGUUAGCAGUAUUAACGUUAGCGUUAACUUGCUAAUAAACUUAGUAGACCGGUGUUGUAGCCUUACUGGUUUCCAAACUAACUGGUUGCCAUACGCGUGCGCGUGUUGUGUACAGCAGCUGCGGGCUGACUCCAUCCCCAGAUUCGUCACACAUUCACAAACAUGUUCCUGGCGAGUUUGAAGUCGCAUCUUUAAUCUACUGCGGCGAUCAUGAUUGUGUGUGACUAUGGGGAAGUCUUUUUCCCACCUCACUAAGCGGACAGGCCACGAUGAGGGUCAGGACAGCCUGACCUCUCCUCUGGAGGACACCCAGACCGAGGACGGGAAGGGAGGAGACAUUUCCCAGUUUCCUUACGUGGAGUUCACAGGGCGGGACAGUGUGACGUGCCCCACAUGUCAGGGCACCGGGAGGAUCCCCAGAGGACAAGAAAAUCAACUUGUGGCAUUGAUUCCAUACAGUGACCAAAGGCUGCGGCCCAGGAGGACGAAGUUGUAUGUGUCCGCGUCAGUGGUGGUCUGCCUCUUGCUGUCCAGUCUGGCUGUCUUCUUCCUCUUCCCUCGCUCCAUCGAUGUGUCCUACGUCGGGGUGAAGUCUGUUUUUGUCAGCUACAGCCAAGAGAAGCGCAGUGUCUAUCUCAACAUCACGAACACUCUUAAUAUCACCAACAACAACUACUACUCCGUAGAGGUGACCAACGUCACAGCUCAGGUGCAGUUUGCCAAGACGGUGAUCGGUAAAUCACGCAUCAGUAACAUCACUGCCAUCAGUCCUCUGGACAUGAAACAGAUUGAUUAUAUGGUCCCCACCAUCAUCGCAGAUGAGAUGAACUACAUGUAUGACUACUGCACUCUGCAAACCAUCAGGGUCCACAACAUCGUCGUCAUGAUGCAAGUGACUGUCACCACAACGUACUUUGGCCAUUCGGAGCAGGUGUCUCAGGAGAUGUACCAGUAUGUGGACUGUGGAGGGAACACCACCUUUAUCAGAGGGAUGACCAAGCCGUUCAGCAUCGCACAUCCUGCCGAGUGACGCCACCGCGGUCCUCCUCCCCAGCCCUGGCUCAUGCCCUGGAGCCGAGCCUGAGAUGGUUCACUGUGUUUUCUCCUCCAACUUUCUGUUUUCAUAAUGUCAACUUCAAUACAAAAUAUUAGGACAAAUCCACGAUACCAUGAGGAAAUUAUGUUUUUUAUAGAGGUGCUUUGCAUUCAGCACAGAAAAAACAAAUUUAUGGUUAUCUUGUAUUUCAUGUAAUUGUAAAGAUGCUAGACAAUUAUCUCACAAUUACAUGAUUCAUAUCUUACUACCAUGCUUCAUGACUAAGGGUUAUUAGAAGGCUACUGUCUCCUAAUUAAGAGAUGCGUAUUCCAUAAUUUUGAUAUCUAACAAAAUUAGAAUUAUUAUUAACAGUUUUAUAAUUACAAGAUCCUUUUCUCGUAGUUGCAAGAAAUAAUUUAAUAAUUAAGAAAUAUGCAUUACCUUUGUUUCUGGAAUUUCAAGAAGUUUCAUAAAUAACUGAUCUGUAUCUCGUAAUAACAGGAAGAUUACUCCAUGAAUACAAAAUCUGUAUGUAAUAAUUACAAACAAAACUCUUUCAUAAUCAUAUCGUUAUUUCCAAAUGACGAGAAAACUGUGCACCAAUUAUGUGAUCCGUCUCUUGUCAUUACAAGAAAACUCUCAUAAUUAUAAAUCUAUAUCUCACAAUUACAAAAUCCCACAAUUAUUACAGCAUUUGCAUUUCAUAAUAACAAGAAAACUAUAUAUAGUUCUCAUAAUUAUGAAAUAUGUGUCUCGUAAUUAAAAGGUAACCGUUUUAAGUAGCACAGUUUUAUAAUAAAAUAGUAAUUACCUCGAAAUUACAAGAAAACCUUUUCCUACUUCUGUUAUGCAUUUCUUCUGAUAACUAUUACUAUUUUAUAAUUUUGAGGUCAUCUCAUAAUUGUGCUAUAUAUGUUUCAUAUCUGAAAGAUCCUGAUCUUAUAUUUUAGUAUUUUAUCUUGAAAUUAUCUUAGAAUUGAAUAUCUCAGAAUUUUGUGAUAUUGGUCUCGUAAUAAGGUGUCAUAAUUAGUUAACUUUAAAAGGUUUUAUCUUUGCUGAAUGCAGUGUACCUCUGUACAUAUUUGUCCAAUCAAAGUAAAAUGUUUUGGGCGCCCCAGUUUGUUAACCAGUUCAGUUGCAGGCGUAGUGAAAUGUUUUGGGCAGCACUGACUGUUCUCUAUUUUCCUCAGUCCUCUUCUUGGAAGUCUGAGGAUGUUAACAGCCUCAUGAGGUGAUGCUGAUGAGGAAUUUUAUCUUCCACCCCUCUCUAGAAGCUGAGAGCAGCCGCAUUUGCUUUUACAUGUUACCUUGAAGGAACAGUUUGUUGAGAGCAUCACUGAAUUUUCUGAUUUUAUCAAGAUAGCAAAUAAUUUUUGUUUUAUUUCUCUCGAGUGUUAUCUCACCGUCACUGCUUACUGAAAUACUGCCUAGUAUUGUUUGAAAUCUUUUAGUAUCAUUGCCAAAACAAUAACAGUUACUUUUUCCAUCUUUAGUUUGAGGACUAUAAAUGUGUUUCUGUACAAAUGUUUAUUUUUAUUAAGCAAAAUAUUCCAAAUUAUUUUGAUACUGGACAGGUUUUGAGAUUCUAUGGACAAAUUUCAGACAGUAUUCCAAAAAUAUUGUUUGGAUUAGAUGGUCCAAACUGUAAUAAUAUGUGUAGGCCUGUUGCUUUUCUCCUGAUAUGAUUACUCUAAUAUGGCCUACAACUUUGUCAAGACAGAGUCCCAAGAUGAAAGCUUCUUGGCCAGACCAUGAAGUAUAAAACCCUGCUAUUUUGAGAUAAAGACAUUUAGUUCCUGAUGGUGAGAAAACAAUAUUUGAUAUCCCACACUAACCCUCUAAUUUAGAUGUUAUCUCAGAAUAAUUAGCUUAAAAAACAAACAAAAUAGGAUCUUGACAAAUAACUUGUGUUACAGAGAUGAUAAGCUAAAAAGUCACCAUGACUGCUGUUUUCCUGUCUCAUCAUUAAUAAUGCCAAGUGGCACUUCGCGUGUUAUAAACCAUGAUCUGUGAUCUAUAACUUACCAUUUGUGCUCUGAAGCAAAAGGAAGGAACAAAAGCAGGUUGGUCACAAUAAUAAAUGUAUAUUUGAAAUCUUGAUAAAGGUAUUUGACUACUUACCAAUCUUUAAUGCACUUUAGAAAACUAUUUCAAAUGCACUCCCAAGUUCCCAAAUUCUCUAAAGCCUUUUCCUCCACCACAGUUUGUUCUCUAUGAGGAAGGAGGAGCAAAAAGUGAUGUUACUGCAUAGUUAGAUUCUGCUGUUUGUGUUUCUGAGAUAAGUUUGUGGUAAUCAUAGUCAUAUCAUAGUGUUUCUUUUGACUGAAUGCUUUAAAUCUGCUGACUUACUGACUGUAGUGUUUGGUUGUUGGGUGUUAAUUAUCGUUCUUUGUACAUUGCUAUAUGUUCUUCAACUUGUAGGUCUGUUACAUUCCAUUUGAAAGAUAGAGGUUGCAGUACAAACCUGUUACCGUCUUCUAGCUUAACUAGCUUGAGACAUUUUGAAAAUGUUUAGCAGUAGUCACAUUUAAUAGAAAUUCUAUUUCAAGAUUUAAAGCUUAGUCAGCAAUAUUUAAUAACAGUUUCAGAGCAAAGUCAGUUUAUUUCAAUUGAACCUGCAUUUGUUUGUGGAAGUAAAUGUUUAGGGACUUUGAACUUCGAUGAACGUUGACAUAUGAUUUUGCUCUGCAAAAUAAUGGUUAAACUAUCUCAACAAGGCUAACUUUAAGGGAACAAAGAGCUGGGGAGUUAUUGUAGCCUGCAUCAUAUGCUUUUAUAUAACCCUGCUCUAGUGAUUACUGAGUUUUUGUCAAAGGGGCCUGGUAGCUUUGAACAGAGCGAUAUUGUGACUGUUUCUGGUUCAACAAAAAGGACCUUACUCUAAAAAAAAAAAAAAAAAAAAGGUGUCUCUCCAUAAUGUUGUCAGACCUGUUUCACUGCUGCUUACUGCAGCGUGCUCACUCAGGACUGGACCAAUUAAAAAAAAACAAAAAUGUCAUCCCAGUUAGUCACAGAGACACGUGGGUUUAUAAGGUCCAGGUUGAAAACGCAUAAGUUAACCCUUUAAGAGGGCUUCCCCAUACCUCCAGGAUUUGUGCCAAGCUAGGCAAAACACAUACUCGACAUCCUCUCAUCUGUAGAUUUAUUUCCUUCAGUGUUGGACUUGUGUAGCAUUACAACUAACAAUAACUGUUGUUAUAGAUGAAUCUGUCUGUAAAAAAACCCAAAGAUAAUGACUUCCUCACAAAUUCUAAAGCACAAACUAGUGAAUGUUGAAAAUUUUUUUACAUCAUGGAUAGUUUAACAGUUCAUUGAUUAUCAAAAUUAUUGGCAAAUUUUCUAAAACACGAUGAUUCAUGAAGGGCUAUUUUUAUUAGUAGUAGCAGUAUUUUCAUUAUAUACUUUCGGGCUUCCUGUGAUUUAAUGACCAUUAUUAAUGUUAAUUUGCAUAUUAUGCAUACUACUCACUACCACUUCUUGUGUCUACCUGUUUAGGUCAACUCCUGGAAAUAGUUAUCUUGUUUUUUUUUCCAUGUUGUGUAAAAAUAAUGAGUAUUAUUUUACCCGAAGUUUUCAGUUAUUAUGUUGAUGAUGUUUGUGCAUCUUUGACUGAAAAUCAUCCAGUUGUGUAUCAAAUCUAUUUUGAAUCUGAAAAACAUUUUGUAUAGAAUUGACUUGUCAGCAUCCUGUAAAAAUAGCUGUAAAAUGGGGUUUUAAAAAAGCACUCGUGAUUAUAUAAAAAAAAAAAAAAGAAAUCCAAACAGGCACACACAGCAGUCCCUAUUAACAUUUAACAUAGAAGAAGCUAGUUUAGACUCCUACCUCUGUUACUUUCACAUUUUGUGGGUCCUUAUUCAUAUUAUAUUAUACCUACAUAUUAUAUAUACAUAUUAUUUAUUAUUAUUUUUCUUUGACUGUUUAUUUUGGGAGCAUAAAUAAAGUUUUAAA